UGCAGUAGUGGAAGCUACAUCUUGCAGUCCGACAGCACAGCAAGCAACAUUUCUUUCCUAUUCGUGUGUCCCGAAACUGUCUCUCCGUGACGCAGCGAUGUGGAUUUACAAGAUCGUUUUCGGACUUUUUGUCAUUUCUUUUUCUGAGGGAAAAAGAAGAAAUGCACUCCAGGACUACCAGAAGACUGAUGGUGUCCGGCUGGUCGUUGUGUCUCCUGACUCCUCUCCACUGACCGAAAGCAAGAAACUGAGCCUGGCAAAGUGUGCCAAAGCCUGCAGCCGCAACAGAAGAGUUCCUUUCAGCUGCAGAGCAUUCCUCUAUGACCAUAACAACAGGAAAUGCCAGUGGCUGUCGUUUGACACACACUCGCCAGGAGCCCAGAGCCAACAGGACUUCAACUACCAACUGUAUCAAAAGAAAGACUAUGUGAGGGAGUGCAUUGUGGGCACAGGGGAGAGCUACAGGGGGCGGAGGUCGAUGACAGUGAGCGGCAUCCGGUGCCAGGCCUGGGCCUCUCCAAUUCCUCAUGAACACAAUUUCAUGUCUAAAAGAUUCAGGAAGAAGGACCUCAUAGAGAACUUCUGUCGUAACCCAGACAACUCCAGCGUCGGCCCGUGGUGCUUCACCACUGACCCGCGGCCCGAACUCAGACACCAGCAGUGUGGCAUACCCCAGUGUUCACAAGUUGAGUGCAUUCACUGUAAUGGGGAAGACUACAGAGGACCCAUGGACCACACAGAAAGUGGAAAGGAAUGCCAGCGCUGGGACCUGGAUGAUCCACACAAACACCCAUACCACCCCAAAAGGUACCCUGACAAAGGCCUCGAUGAUAACUAUUGUAGGAACCCAGACGGACGCCACAAACCCUGGUGCUAUACAGUGGACCCAAACACACCCUGGGAGUACUGCAACAUCAAAGUUUGUGAAACGACUCCAAAAAGUAAUGUGGUGGAAACCACCGAGUGCUACCAGGGCAGAGGAGAGGGAUAUCGGGGGGCAGUAGACGUGAUGCCCACCGGGCUCAUCUGCCAACGCUGGGACUCCCAGUACCCCCAUAACCACACGUUCAUACCUCAGGCCUACCCCUGCAAGGACUUGAGAGAAAACUACUGUCGGAAUCCAGAUGGCCGAGAAUUCCCGUGGUGCUUCACUACGGACCCAAGAGUCCAAACCAUGUUCUGCACCAACAUCCCGCAGUGCGGCACCCAAAACAAUCCCGUCAAUGACUGCUAUGAAGGCUUUGGGGAGAAUUACCGAGGAGAGCAGUCAAGGACGAGAUCUAACCUCCCCUGUGCACCUUGGAGGGACCAUAGCAACAGUGGCGAGAGGGCCACGCUGAAUGCUGGCCUGGAGGGAAGCUACUGCAGAAACCCAGAUAAAGACAAACAUGGCCCCUGGUGUUACACCAACAACUCUGCCAUUCCCUGGGACUACUGUCAUAUCAAACCAUGUGGCGCUUUGCAGAUCGCCAUCCCACUGGCUGAGCUGUCCUCUGUGGGGUGUUUUGUCCAUAAAAGAACCAGAAUAGUGGGAGGAUUUCCGGUGGGCAUAUUAGACGGCAGCUGGAUGGUCAGCAUACAGAAAGGGUCACAGCACUGGUGUGGAGGUUCACUAAUACGAGAGGAGUGGGUACUCACUGACAGACAAUGCUUCUCCUCAUGUGUGCCAGACCUCAGUGAGUAUCGGGUGUGGUUGGGAGUCUCGGAUAUUGGAGAAGGCUCUCCUGACUGGUCUAAGAGACAGGAAGUGAACAUAGCCGAUGUGAUAUGUGGUCCUGAGGGCUCAAGUUUAGCCCUCAUAAGGCUGUCUAAACCUGCCCUCCCUGCAGACAAUGUCCAUACACUUCAGUUACCUGUGGCAGGAUGCUCCAUCCCAGAAGGAACAAUAUGUAAAAUGUAUGGAUGGGGUGAGACAAAAGACACUGGCCAUGAUGACCAACUGAAGGCGGUCAACCUGACCAUUGUCAGUAAUGUGCGGUGCAGAGAGAUGCACAGAGGCAACCUCCACAUCACCAACACCAAGAUCUGUGCAGGAGGCAAAAGGAAUGAGGGAGUGUGUGAGAGGGAUUACGGCGGUCCUCUUGUGUGCCAGGACGGUGACAUCAGGGUUAUUGUGGGAGUGAGCGUUCAUGGCAGAGGCUGUGCUCGGGCCAACCAGCCUGGCAUCUUCAUCAAUGUGCCCUUCUACACUCAGUGGAUCUACAAGGUCUUCAAAUAUUACCCCAACCCUGACAUCGUCUAGCGAUUUAAACAGAACCACACGUAGACCCUCUAGUUCUAUCAUUUCGGCAUUUUUUCCAUGCUGUCCAUAUCUGCACAGACCCAUAGCAACUUGAUCAGAGCACCCUUAAUAGAUCAAUGAAUGAGGAAACACUGUGAUUCAAACACAUCAUAAACUUUGAGUUGGGAGCAAAGCUGGCAAAAAUGUGGUUUAAUACAUUUUUUAUGGUUCUCUUUGAGUAGCAAAUCCAACAGAGUGGCAUAUGUGUAUGUGAAUACUCUUGAUUCCUGGUUGUACUUGAAUGUUUUAACACCGAAAUGCAGUGGUUCAGUCUUUGAGGAGUACAUCAAUGGGCCACUUAGAAAACUGUUCAGUGGUUGGGCAAUUUGAAGGGCAUUCUUGUCAAGCUUCAGGCAUCUCCACGGGGGCUUGGAUAAAGUGGUCCUUACUGUACAUAGUAUUUUAAAUGAGUGUAUUUGUGACACUCUGAAGAUAAUUUGGGUCUUAUAGAUCUAAAACAAGAUAAGUUAAUGGUGUAUUAUACAGAACAAUUAUAUACUGUGCCGAAACACCAAAAUUAAAGUCCAUUUUCAGUAUUUUACUUUCAUCACUUUCAGAAUUUUACAUUCUGUGUAGAUUUAAAAACAGAAAACGUUCACACAUUCAUGUGUCCACACAGUUAUUUCUAAAAAUACAAAUAUUUCCUGAAACGCAUGUAUUAAUACAUUGCGUUUGUGUCUAUGUGCAGUUUUUUCUGCAGCAAUGUCAGUAUGCAAAAAGAAAACUGCAAAAGGGUUGUGUGUGUGUGUGUGUGUGCGUGUGUGUGCGUGUGCGGUUAAGCCUCAGCCAAAUGAAUUACCAUCCUCCCCCCACACUCAACUGAAUUAUGUUUGUAAAAAAAUGAGACAACAUUUCCGUUUGUAUGCGUGUGCACUGAAAGAUGCUGCAAGCUGCUAUACUCUACAGGUUGUACAAUGUCUUCUCGCCUCUGUUUAAUAUAAAUGUCAUGUUACUUAUCCACUAUGCUAAAUGUAAAACCCAAUUCCUGCAAUUAUUUUAAAUAUUUAAUGAUUUCUGUGAGUAUAAUAAAUGUUUUUUUAA